AUGUCUGAACGAGGCCGUGGUCAUUACAAAAAUAGAGGCGGAGAACGUGGAGCAAGAGGUGGAGGACACGGCGGAGGACGUGGCGGACGUGACGGACGUGACGGAUAUCACAAAAUUAAACCGGGUAAGGCCAAGAAAGAUUUUCAUCUUAAUGACACCUUGAUGGACUACGAUCCCAUAAGCUGA